AUGAACUAUUUGCAAUCAACGUUUCGCGCCACACAACCCUUUCAAUUUGCGUCUCUUUUACGCCGCACAUUUUACCAAACUGCUGUCCGAUGCAAGGAUCAAACUGCUAAAACUUCAGUCGUGACCGCACAGGUUGCUCGUACUCGUCGCGUUUGGACCAAAGAAGAAUCGGACACGCUUAUCCGACUGGUGAAAGCCAUGGGUCCCAGAUGGACUCGCAUUGCUCACCAGUUGAAUCGUCCCGUAUCGGUCGCAUUCAAUAAAUACAAAUACUUGACCGAUACUGUGGAAUAUCAUGGUCCCUGGUCCCAGGAAGAACUCGAUCGUUUACGCGAAUUGACGAAAGGAAAAAAUCAAAUUGAGGAUAUCAACUGGGAUAACGUACGAUUGCAAAUGCCACGAAUGCGUCCGGUGCCCAUUCUACGUCUCACGUACAAAUACUCUGUCGAUCCCAAGAUUCGACGCGGUCGUUGGACGGAUGAAGAAAUUGGCCGGCUACAGCACUUUGUCAGUAUGUACGGCACAGAAAAUUGGGAUAUUGUUGCAGACGCUAUGCGUACACGUACAAAGCGACAGUGUCUGGAACGAUGGCGCUGGCAACAAGCAGGAGGAUUGAAGAAAGGACGAUAUACAGAAGCAGAGGAUCAGGCAAUCAUCAAGGCAGUUAGCGAAUACGGCGAAAACUUUGCAAAGGUCAGAGAGGCUAUUGGAAGCCAGCGUACCGCACGCAACAUUUCUCAACAUUAUCGAUACAAACUGUCGCCAGACACGGAUCGAUCAGCUUGGUCUGAGGAGGAGGAACACAUAGUAUAUAAACUGUGCAAUAAGUACGAUCACGACAUGAACAAGGUCAGAACCAAGAUGGGUAAUCGUCGAAGUAUCAAGGAUAUGUGGAACCACUAUUACAAAAUCCACAAACAGCAAACGGCAGCAGAAGCACCAGCAAAAGCAGGAAGUAACGUUAAAUCAACAUCGUCAUCGAUCAGCAGCAGCAGCAAGUCAAAACGACCAUAG